AUGAAAAUGUGGACUCCCUUCCUCCUGAGCUGCCUGCUUUACAUCCUGGGGAUAGUGGCACAACCGAAGUACCUGAUCAUCCUCCCAGCUGAGCUUCCCUUCCCUUCUUCCCAGAGGGUGUGCUUGGAUCUCCGUGGGGUGGAGAAGCCUAUUCGUGUGGCCUUAACUCUUGUGCAGGCAUCUAGCAGCCUCAGCCUCUUCCGCAAGGUUGUCCGGAACAACUGGAUCUUUGAGUGCUCCAGAUUUCAGGUCCCCCAACCUGCAGAUUCCCAAGAGGUGGUCACUGUACAGCUGCGCAUCUCCAAUGGCCACUACUUCAGUGCUAAAGAAGAGAAGAAAGUCCUGAUCCGCAGGGCUGGCACAGGCACCUUCAUCCAGUUGGAUAAACCCACUUACAAGCCCGGACAGACAGUGAAAUUUCGAAUAGUGACAUUGACUGAAGAUUUUGUUCCUGUUAACAGCAAGUACUCGGUGGUGGAAGUCCAGGACCCAAAUCAAAACCGAAUUGGCCAAUGGCUGGAUGUGAGACCAAAACAGGGCAUUGCAGAUCUCUCUUUCCAGUUAGCUGCUGAACUCUCCUUGGGGACUUACACCAUCAAUGUCAUGAACCCAAAAGUGUCCAGUACCUUUCAAGUGGAGGAACAUGAGUUGCCAAAAUUUGAUGUUUUCUUCGAGGGACCAGCUCAGAUUUACGCUUCAGAAAAAACAUUCCCACUGCGUGUGUGUGGCAGGUAUCACUAUGGGAAAGCGGUACAAGGGACCGUGCAGGUGACAUUGUGCCAGAAGGCGAGGAGGCGUCCUCAAAAUGCCAGCAAAGAUAUCUGCAGGGAGUAUAGUGGUCCGACAGUGAGCAAGGGCUGCUUCACCACUUCUGUAAGCAUGAUGGUCUUUAACCUGGCUCAUAGUGAGGAAGACAGCAAGCUCUAUGCAGAGGCCUCUCUUCUGGAAGCUGGCACAGGGGUGCAAAUCAACACCUCCAGCCAAAUCUCCAUCUCCAGGACAGCUGCAAGGGCCAUAUUUGAGACCCCAAAUGCUUACUACAUCCCUGGAGUACCCUACAGAGGGAAGAUUAAGCUUCAGGAUCACCAUGGAAAUAGUAUGAAAAACAGAAAAGUUUAUCUUGUGAUAAGGUUCAUGAGGCGUCGAUUUAUCAAAAUAUAUAUCACGGAUGGCAAUGGAAGAGCAUCAUUCGAUCUGGACACAACUGCCUGGAACAGCUCCUCAGUCUCUUUGGAGGGAAGGUUCACACUAGAGGAUCUUACGCACAUACCUCGGAAAACCGGCAUCUAUUACACAAAUGCUUACCAUCAUCUGCAGCCCUUCCAUGUCACAACAAAGAGCUUCGUGGACAUACACCCACUCACAGGAAUACUGCCCUGUGGGCUGAAGCAGAGUGUCCAGGUGACAUUCACACUCAGUCGGGAUGACCUGGGAGAAAACACCAGCCGUAUAGGCUUUGCAUAUUAUGUCACUGGGAAGGCUGGAAUUGUUCUCAGGGGCCAAAGGAGUGUCCAGGUUGGGAAGCUGAACAUGUUGAAGGGCUCGUUCUCCAUCCCUUUGACCUUCACUGCUGACUUCACCCCAUCACCUUCCUUAGUAGUGUAUGCUAUCUUCCCCAGUGGAGGAGUGACAGCUGACAGCAUCCAGUUUGAUGUUGCCUUGUGCUUUGAAAACCAGGUGAAGGUGAGUUUCACAGCUAAAGACACCCAUCCAGGGGCAACAGUGCAGCUCCGACUGCAGGCAGCCCCUGGUUCCAUCUGUGCGGUACAGGCAGUGGAUGAAAGCAUGUUUCUCAUGAGGCCAGAGAGAGAGCUGACAAGCCAAAUGGUGUAUGGCUUGUUCCCUGGUAUCUACCGACAUGGAUACCCUGCCCAGGUGGAAGAACAUUCAAAUAACUGCAUUCAGUCUCAGUCCAUGUCACCUCUCCUGCAAGGGAAAUCACAGCAUUCCAUUCAGCCCGACGUCUUUAACCUCUUCCGGAACAUGGGUCUGAAAAUCUUCUCAAACCUUGUAAUCAAGAAGCUGACUAAGUGCUUUCACCGGGCAGGUAGGAAGCCCACCAUGGGGGGACCUUCUGCAGAAGAGCAAAGAGUGUCUAAGGAACAACCCCGAUCCACAGCCCAAGGUAGACUUCACAAGUAUUUCCCUGAAACUUGGAUCUGGAGUCUAUUCUCUGUUGGCUCCAACGGCAGCAGGGGUGCCAUAGUCACAGCGCCUGAUACUGUCGCUGAGUGGAAAGUCAGGAUGUUCUGCUUGGCUGGGAGAGGCUUUGGCCUCGCUCCGAUCACAAGCCUCAGGACUGUCCAGCCCUUCUUUGUGGAUGUGACAUUACCAUAUUCUGUGAUCCGGGGAGAGACCUUCAUGCUAAAGGCUACUGUGUUCAACUACCUGCAGCAGUGCAUACAGAUCCAUGUGGCUCUUGCUAAAUCCCUAGAAUUCCAGGUGGAGCAGUGCAGGACCUGCAGAGACAAAGAGUGCUUGUGUGUGGAGGAGUCCAAGAUCUUCAUGUGGAAUGUAACAGCAGUCCAGCUGGGGACUCUGAAUAUCACAGUCAGGACAGAGGUAUUGGAUGCCACGCUACGCUGUGGGGGCAAGAAGCCCUUGCCAUCAACCAUGAGGCGGAGGCACACUGUGGUCAAACGCUUGCUGGUCCGGCCAGAAGGUGUGCUAGUGGAGAAGACUUACAGCUCCCUGCUGUGCCCAAGAGGAGGAAACAUGGCUGAAGACUCUGUGUCCCUUCGCUUCCCUGCUAAUGUAGUAAAGGGAUCUGCCAGGGCUUCCAUUUCCAUCCUAGGUGACCUCAUGGGGAGGGCACUGCAGAACCUAGACCACCUGGUGCAAAUGCCCCAUGGCUGUGGGGAGCAGAACAUGGUGCUGUUUGCCCCCAUUGUCUAUGUGCUGCAGUACCUGGAGAAGACGAGGCAGCUGACCAUAGAGAUCAGGGAGCGGGCAGUGGGAUUCCUCCACAAUGGGUACCAGACGCAGCUUCUUUAUAAGCACAGAGAUGGGUCCUACAGCGUUUUUGGGCAGCAGGAUGGGGAGGGGAACACUUGGCUGACAGCUUUUGUAGUCAAGAGUUUUGGCCAAGCCAGGAAAUACAUCUACAUAGAUGACAAGAAUGUCCAGGAUGCCUUGCAUUGGCUAGAGCAAAACCAGCUCCCCAGUGGCUGCUUUGCCACCAAAGGGAGUCUUUUUCAUUCCUCCUUGAAGGGUGGUGCGGAUGAUGAAAUCUCCUUGGGGGCAUAUGUUGCUGCAGCACUGCUGGAAUUGGGUCAGCCACUUAAGGGCAAGCUGAUGCAGAAUACCUUCAGCUGUCUGCAGCAGGCAGUUCACAACAUUACCAAUAUCUACACAGAAGCUGUCCUGGCCUAUGCCUUUGCCUUGUCUGGAGACUAUGAGACAACCCAGGAGUUGCUGUACAAGUUGGAAGAACAGGCCAUCAAAUCAGGAGGACAUAUCCACUGGAGCCCCAAACCAAGCUCUCUAGCUUCCACAGACUUCUGGCCUAGGACUCAGUCAGUGGACAUAGAAUUGACAGCCUAUGUGCUCCUUGCCUACCUCUCAAAGCCACGAGUGGAUACAGGUGACAUGACAAUUGCAGCCAGUAUUGUGGCAUGGCUGACCCAGCAGCAGAAUGCCUACGGGGGCUUUGCUUCCACCCAGGACACAGUUGUUGCCUUGCAAGCCUUGGCAAAAUAUGCAGCAAGGACAUUCAGCACAUCAGGCCAAGCACUUGUGAGGGUGAAAUCCCAGAGGGGCUUUGGGAAGACAUUCCAGGUCACCCGCCAGAAACGGCUGCUAUUGCAGCAGGCAGCACUGACAGAAAUCCCGGGGGAUUUCUUGGUGCAAGUCCAUGGCAGCAGCUGUGUCUUUGCUCAGAUAGUGCUGAGGUACCAUGAGCCUCCCCCACGGACCACCACAACCUUCACUCUGCGUGUCGACACACAGCUGACCAACUGUAGCCAGGCCAACAUGCGUGUCCUCACCAUCCAUAUCCUUGUCAGCUAUGCUGGGAGCAGAAUCACCUCUAACAUGGUGAUUGUGGAGAUCUCACUGCUAUCUGGCUUCAUCCUGUCUCCAGGAUCCAGGAUGUUGCUGCAGCAUAAAACCAUUGUUAAGAAAAUAGAAGCAAAAGCUGAUGUGGUCUUCAUUUAUCUGGAAAAGCUCAGUGAUGAAUCUCAGACUUUCAUUCUGCAACUGGAACAAAUAAUUGCGAUGAAGAACCUGAAACCAGCCAGCAUCAAAGUCUAUGAUUACUACCAGCCAGAGGAGCGAGCCUUGGCUGACUACAGUGCUGUCUGCAGUUGAGGUAGGCAGCAAGUGCCUGUGACACACUGUGAUACAAACACUGGUGUUGGGAAAUUAUAGGUCUUGCGUGGGAGAGAGGUAAUGUCUUGCAGCCAUGUAGGCAGUCAAAGGCAGGAAGAAGGACGGUUACUAUUGGGAGGCAUAUAUCCAGCAAGAAUGAGGAACUGUCAGUUACCUAUGUCUGGAUGUGUGGAGCUAGGCUCAGGGCUCUUCUGCAGUCAGGCAGAAAGCUGGAAGGCUCUGGUGGAUAGCAGAGAUAAGUACAGCCUCUGUCUAAAUGGGAGUGAAGAAGGAACAGUUGAACCUAGUGACUGUCUUAUGUGUAGUGAGAAUGCAGAGCAACAAUGACCUGUGCUAACAAGGGGCCCCAGAUGUAGAUGGUGCCCCAUUUCCCUCCACCCAGUAUAUUCAUUGCAGAGUAGGAGGGGGUGAUUCAGGGAGCAAAAAGAGCAAGCUGCAGCUGGGAAGAUGUAAUGUUUUAUCUUGUGGGGUGACAUGCCCAGCUGUCAGAAAGGGGGUGGCCUGUUAGUACUAGCCUGAAGCCAGGACAAGUCUGGAGAAGUCCCCUCCAGAUAAGGAUAAAUACAGGAUAAAACAGAAUCUUGACACAGCAAGUGCUAUGUCCUGUCAUAUCCCUCAGACAGGGCGCUGCCUGGAGACCUAGCUAGCAAGCUAGCCCCACUACCAGCCAAGACAAGGCUUGCUCCACAGCCUGGUGAUAGCCAUGGGUCAAGGCCCAUGAGUCAUGCCCUCCUUGUCUGUCUUAGCUUGUGUUCUCCACAGUCACACAUGGCACCUCAGAAAGGGGAGCCCAAACUCCCACAGUUGUGGUAAAGGACAGGAGAAGAGCUGCUACCCAGUGACUCCUGCUUUUGCUCAAUGUUUCAGGUCGGGCACCGAAUGGAAGGGGUUGCCUCAGCUAGGAUACUGCCUAUAUUAAAGUUGAGCACAUGUGUUCUUGUGCCCCAAUGGAUGGACUUGGGGAUCACCACAGUCCAGCAGUUGUGUCUGCACUGUGGAGGCCUGGGAGGUGGGGGGAAGGGUUACAUAUCUGGGAUAUGCCUAAGAAGAAGAAUUAAAAUAAGCAUCACCCCUGACCCUCCUGUCGUUGUGUCAGUUGUUGAUGAACUACAGACUCAGCCCAUGGGGAUACCAUUUCUACUACUAAUGUACAUACCUUGUAGCUCCUCUACUGCUUUUCCUCACACUUCCCAUGGUUUCUCCUAGCACUCCCUGCAGUAGGACCUCUGCAGCUUUGGGGAACAAAGUGCAAUUGAACCUGCUGUGAUAGAUGCAUCUCCUGCACCCUUUCUGCAAGUUCCUUUGCCUUCAACCCUGCUUUGAAGUUGUCUCCAAAUAGUAAUAUAAAAGCUGCAUUGUGUAACCCUUCACUUCUUCUCAGCAAUAGCUCCUUGCCAAUUACACUUGGAAAAUAUCUCUAAAUGCAGUUGUUGGCCAAAGGAGCUGUUGACCAUAUCCCAGGAUUCCCUUACCUCAGCUCAGGCUGGUGUGAUGACCACCUUCUCCCAGUACCAAAUCUACCUUGUUGUGUGCUCCACCUCCUCCUGUGCAAAUCCCCUAUUGGAAGGGUAGAGU